AUGAACAUCAAAGACAUAUUGGUCAUGGACGGCGACGAAGGUUCGAUGGAUAACCACGGCAGUGAUGUCAUCAUCAUCAACAACAACAACAACAACGACAACUGCAGUGACAACGACAAUGCAAAACGGAGUAAGCGGGAAAUCGUCGAAGACGGAGGGUCGCUGUCCCCGCUGCAGCUACAGCACCACGACAACGGAGUGUACUUGCGGCACCGGCACGGGAACGACCGACCGGACGAACCGGAAGACGAGGACCUGAGGCAAUCGGACGACGAGGUACGUGUCUCUGCUGCCGCGAUCUCCAAUGAUCUAUUAUAG